UGAACGUGUGUGUGUGCGUGUGCGCUCCGCCCGGCCCCGGCAGGCUGCCGAGCCGCAGCGGCGGAGGCGGCGGCAGCAGCCGCGGAGGUGGCGGCGAACCGGAUGCCUUUGGCGGGCAGAAGAUGUGUCAUGGGAAGCAGCCGAGCGGCGGCGGUGCCCUCCUGGCGGCGAGGCGGCGGGCGCUGGCCACGGCGCUGUGGCUGCAGUUGGCGCUGAGCCUCGGCCCGGGGCUGGCGGCGGGCGGGUUUGAUGACCUGCAAGCAUGUGCUGAUCCUGGGGCUCCUGAACAUGGCUACAAGACGCCCAGUGCAGGUGUUUUCUUUGAAAGUGUGGUGGUCCGGUUCCAUUGCCAAGAAGGAUAUAGGCUCAAUGGUACUUCCAAAAAACUUUGUGUGAGACACUUUAAUGGCUCCCUGAGCUGGAAACCCAGUGAUAAACCUGUGUGCCUACAAGAAGUCACAGAUUGCCUUGUUCCACAUGUUGAAGAUGCAGAGGUUCAUAACAAGACAUACAGGACUGGCGAUAAGUUAAUAAUCAGCUGUCAUGAAGGAUUCCAGAUACGUUACCCUGACUUAGACAACAUGGUUUCCAUAUGCCAAGAUGAUGGAACAUGGGAUAAUCUACCCAUAUGUCAAGGUUGCCUGAGGCCGUUGGUUCUUCCUCAUAGUUACAUUAACAUUUCUGAGUUCGGGGCCUCCUUCCCUGUAGGAACAGUGGUGUAUUAUCAGUGCUUUCCUGGAUAUAAACUAGAAGGGGCAGAGAUCCUUGAGUGCAUGUAUAACCUUAUCUGGUCAGAUAGCCCACCUAGGUGCCUUGAUGUGGAAGUUUGUCCACUACCUCCAAUGGUGAGUCACGGAGACUACAUCUGCCACCCACGGCCUUGCGAACGCUACAAUCACGGGACAGUGGUGGAGUUCUACUGUGACCCUGGUUACACCCUCGCCAAUGACUACAAGUACAUCACUUGCCAGUAUGGAGAGUGGUUCCCCUCCUACCAAGUAUACUGUGUCAAAACAGAACAAACGUGGCCAAAUACACAGGAGACCCUCCUGACUACAUGGAAAAUAGUGGCGUUUACUGCUACCAGUGUUUUAUUAGUACUGCUACUGGUUAUUUUAGCCAGGAUGUUCCAGACCAAAUUUAAGACACAUUUCCUUCCACGAGGCAACCAGGAGGGCUCCAUGGGCGACCCCGACUUUGUGGUGGUGGAUGGUGUUCCUGUCAUGCUGCCUUCCUACGAUGAAGCUGUCAGCAGUGGCUUGAAUGCCCUGGCACCCGGAUACUCAGCUGCUGCAGACCAGGGGCAUAUUUUGCAGACAGAAAAUCAAAAUCCCCCUGCUUACCCCAGUCCCAGGAUUCCAGACAUGCAGCCCAGUGAAUGUGAGACCUGUGACAGUAGGUUGGGUUCCUCUGAACUGCUCCAAAGUUUGUACCCAUCCCUGACAUGCCAAACGGCAGCACUUCCCAGCUCAGAUCGAACUGAUGUAUCCCACAGCACUGAUGGGGAUGCUGUAUCCACAAGUCCCCGGAUCGAUAUCACAGAUGGUGAGUCUUGCAUAGGUGCAAUAGAGAUUCCUUUGAUGGAAGAAGACCAUUAGCCUGCACUGAGUCGUGUCCUCAUCACAUUGUACUUUUGGGUGACAUGAAUCAUGAGGAUUCAGAGAUAGAAAAGACUCUGUGGAUUUGGGGAGGGUAUUUUCCUACUUACCAAUCUUCCACGCAACGAUGUCACCAGGUUGGGUGUAUGUGGUGAUAACAGCAUCAGCAUUCCGAACAGCAGCAGUUUUAUGAGUGAAUCCUGGGGAUUUGAUGAGAGCAGAUGUAGAAAAAUAACUGUGGCUUUUUAGAAGUGAAACGUAUAUCUGCAUCACAGAAAGUCAUAUGGCUCUGUAAGAAAGGCUAUUGGAUUUUGAUACUAACUGCCUCACAAAAGCAUGUCAAAAUAUGUAAAUUUGCUUAUAAAGACUACUUUAAAUGAUCUAUGGACCUCUAGUUUAUGAAGAAUCCUUUCAAGUUUAAAAAAUAUCAGUACUGAAACAGACACAAAAAAAGAGGAAAGAUCCUCUUUGGCUUUCCUAUGAUAACCAGGAAGUUUUUGAUUUAGUUGUUGGUGAUUUUGCUUCAGACCAUGUCUGCAGAAAAUAUGACAGAAAUUAUGGGAUUCAUAUAUACUUUGAUGUACAAUAGCAAAUAUAUAAAAAAUAUAUAUAUGUAUAUUUAAAAACUCUUAAAGAGAGAGAAAAGGAAAGACUCCCAGGUCACAUAACGAUCUGGAGAUUUUUUUUAAAGGUAAGGCAGAAUUUAUAUCAUAGACAAUAUUCAAAGUAUCAAUAUUUGUAUUUAUGCAAGACUUCUGUGACUACAUUGCAUUUGAUAAAUCCUGCUGUAAUAUGAGAGAUCUAAAAGGUGUUAAAAUUAUGAAAUACAUGCUUAAGAAAUGUUGAAGUGCUCUGCUUCAACCUUUCUUAAGCUUAAAAAAAAAAAAAAAAUAUAUAUAUAUAUAUAUAUAUAUAUAUAUAUAUAAAAGAGUAAUCUACAGUCAUAGCCCAGAGCACUGCCUUGUCCCUUUACUUUGUGGUAGUAUUCUGAGCCGUUAUUGUAGAGUACUUUAAAAAAAAAAAAAAAAUAAAGCUGAGUUUCAGUUCUUUUGACUUAUCUGACUACUGUGUAGUUGGCUUUUUUUCCUUCCUCACCUCUUUCACCAGCUCGUACCUGAAGGCAGGAGGUAGCAAAACACCUGUCCUGUGGCAUUUUCAGCUUUACAUCCAUUAUCCAGCUGGAAAUUUGGAGUGGUUUUGGUUAAACAGAGCACACAGAAUGGGUGCAGCAGGGGCACAGCUUCUGCAGAUGCAAUGUGGGUUUCAUUGAGGGUUUUCUCUGCUCUGCAGGCUGUGCCAGAGCAUUGUGCUAAAGCCUCCAUGAGGGGUUCACUCUGUGGUGUUACAGGCUAUUUGUACUUUUGUCAGGAAAAUUCCUGGCUGUUUCAUGUACUCGCUGAAAUCCAAGAUGAUAUUCUUGUCUUAUUUUUGGUCUUGUGCAGAUGAAACACCUUAAAUUUGCAGUGUUUGAAGGAAUUAACACUGUGUGUUAAUGAAAGAGAUUGCCAUCAUGUGGGCUAAUCCAAACCAAAGGUGAAAAUACGACUGAACUCUGAUUUUAUGUACAAAGUAAAUUAAUAAUAUCUCUAUUGCCAUAAAUAGAGGAUCACUACAACCUGCUCUGUUAUUUUUUCAUGAUUAUUCAAUGAUUUAUUUGUAUUGUGGUAGCAUUUAGUGGGUCCACUCAUGAGCCAGGCUAGUGGAAUAAUAGAUGUGCUGCAAUCAUUCAAGAAAAGUGUUUAUUAGCAUCCUGUCAGCAACUGUUCAUGACUGCAAGAAGCAAAGGCAGACCAAAAGCUAUGGCGAGCAGAAGUAAUUCUGUCAAUUAUCCUUCAGUAAGAUUGAUGGAAACACAGUGAUUGGUACUAAAAAAUGAGACUUAUUCCAUUUUAUCUUCCAUCCUUGCUUAUACAAUAUUUCCAUUUUUCUUCUCCUGAAUUGUCUCAGUUGCAGCUGCAUGCUCAGGUUUAUCCCACAGAUGUUUGUACUUUCAUGGCUACCCCUUCCUUUUAUGAUCUCAAGCUUUCCAGAGGUGUGCACGAUUACUCAGAAUUACCACUCCAGCAAACAAGACAAGAGUGCUCUAAAACCAACCCUGAACUGAAGCACACCCCAAGCCUCCAGUCAGUUAUGUGAUUUCAGUUUCAUAAUGCCAUUGAAAAGUAUUGGAUUUAUUUUAAAUGCCUUAUUAGGAAAUCUUUGCUGGUCUUUUAGCAGCUCGUGAAUUUUCAUCCCUUAUUAAAUUUUUUUUGCUUCCAUUUAUUAAUUUCUAUGAAAGCUUCUUGAUUAAUAUUUGGAGCUCUGAGGUUUUACAGAGUCACACUGCUGUGUGUAUUGUAUUGCAGUCAUUUUAUUAAAGGAGCCAGGCGGAGUAACUGAAGAAAUGUAAAUUUAUGACUUAUUAGAACAUUUUUAUUUUAAAAAGUGCAAAACUGCAAAUACACCAAAAAACAAGAAUGUAUUAAUUUUGCUUGAUAGCCUUUUGAUAGGACUGUGCCAAAUACAAUUUUUAAAGGAAAGAAAGUUUUACCAUUUUUUGUUUAUGUUGGAUAAAACUUCAUUAAAGACUGUUUGCGGGGGGGAUUGUUUGUGAGUUUGGGGGUUUUGCAUGCUUGAAUAUCUGGGGGGAGACAAUUUUUUUCUUAUGCUAUUUUUUUUCCAUAUAGAGCUUGAAUUCUCACGAGACGACUACCUGCCUCUGGAUCCACACCUGUGUCCCCACCCACAAGGUGACACCCUGGGCUGGGGGGUACCCCCAGCUUUCCCAGAAACCUGGACACCCUGGAGAACUGCACAGCUCCCUGGCCUAAGACCUCAGGAUGUUUUCAGGACCUCAAGAGACAAGAGGGCUGCUAUGACCAGGGCAGGAUGUUCACUGUGUAAAUGAGACCAGAUGGGAGGAUAAGCACAUCUUAUGCAGAUCAUAAGCUGUUUUCCCUUGAGCUAACUGGAUGUGAAUUAAAACAGAUCCAGGAAACCUCUUAUUGGUGAGGGGUUAGUGAAGAUGGAACCCAUGUGCCUUCAGCAGAGAGAAAAUUGUUGUGUACUGAGAACUUCCGGAAAUAAAAACAAGAACUGGCUUCACCCUGCCAAUAUUUCUAAAAAUGAGAAAAGAGGAGCAGAAGUGAGCAGUGUGCCAGCCUUGAACAGUGACUUACAAACAGGGACUUGACCUGCAAAGUGCUGGGUGAAGGGUGGGGUUCCAAGGUCUCACAGGAGCCCUGCAGGUAGUGAAUCACAACCUGAGCAUGAGUCAACAGAAUCUGGCUGUUGUGAAAAUGUUGAAUGUCAACACAGUGUUUACACAGAACUGUAACUUAUAAAGUGUAUGAAGCAAUCAUUCAGCUGCACUCAGCACUAGUAAGGCCUCAGAUAGACCAGUGUGUCAAAUGUUGAGCAAUUUGCUUCCUCUUCAAGGGAAAUGUGGUGCAGCUGGACAGCAGCCAAGCAGAGAGAAUCAAGCAGAGAGAAUUGGAAGAACCUGUCCCGUCCUCACAGAUUAUGUGGUAUUCAGUGUGAACAUUAGGAGACCAAAGAGAACACAGAAAUUAAGUUUUCUGUAAGAAACAUAUUUUCAAAGAAGGUGCAAUUUAUCCGUAUAAGUAGGACAAGAAUAAUAGACUUAAUUGAGGCUUGAGAGAAUUAGGUUAUAUAUUAGGAAAAACAUUCUAGUUGUAGGAAUAGUUACUAGGAGAGAGAGAUGGUCUGAAGAAGCUGUAAAAACCUCUGAGAGAUUUUUUAAGACUGUUUUAAAUAAGUAGAGGCGAGGAAAACAUUGGGGAAGAUGCACAAUGUGAGUUUUGGACCCCUUCUCCUUCUGUCUCUGCAUGAUUCCCAGCUUGUGAGAACUAAACUUGGCUGAUGCCCAGUUUUGUCCAUGGACUAAUUCCAAACUCAUGGUACUGGGCACACUAGUCAGUGCUCAUCAAAACCACAGCUAGAAAUAAUCUCAGUUCCACCAACUGAAGCUUUCAUGUAGCAUGGGCUGAACUCCAAUAAAAUCCUGUUAAUUAAAACUUGUU